CUAACCGGAAGGGCGGGUGCUCGCAGCUGGAGGAAAAGGAAAGGCUGGUGGCGGGAAGUUUUCACGCGAGUGCGGCUGAAAUCGAAAGACAUUUGGAUCUCCAGUUCAGUUUUAGAAUGGCAUCCAUUUCAGGUUUAACUGAAGAAUUGGAUUCUAUAACCAAUGAGCUACAUGCAGUAGACAUUCAAAUUCAGGAGCUUUUGGAAAGGCAACAAGAGCUUAUUCAGAAAAAGAACAUCUUAACAAGUCGAAUAAAGCAGCAUUUAGAGACUCCUGAUGCUGGGGAAAGCAGUGAAUGGAAUUCUUCACCUGCUGCUUGGAAUAAAGAAGAUUUUCCCUGGUCUGAUAAAGUUAAAGAUGUUCUGCAGAAUGUCUUUAAACUGCAGAAGUUCAGACUGCUUCAGCUUGAAACUAUUAAUGUAACAAUGUCUGGAAAGGAGGUAUUUCUUGUUAUGCCUACGGGAGGUGGAAAGAGCUUAUGCUACCAAUUACCAGCAUUAUGUUCAGACGGUUUUACCCUUGUGAUUUGCCCAUUGAUCUCGCUUAUGGAAGACCAGUUAAUGGUUUUAAAACAAUUAGGAAUUUCAGCUACCAUGUUAAAUGCUUCUAGUUCUAAGGAGCAUGUGAAAUGGGUUCAUGCUGAAAUGGUAAAUAAAAACUCCAAGCUGAAGCUAAUUUAUGUGACUCCAGAAAAAAUCGCAAAAAGCAAAAUGUUCAUGUCGAGACUAGAGAAAGCCUAUGAAGCGAGGAGAUUUACCCGGAUUGCUGUGGAUGAAGUUCACUGCUGUAGCCACUGGGGACAUGAUUUCAGACCCGAUUACAAGGCACUUGGUAUCUUGAAGCGGCAAUUCCCUAACACAGCACUAAUGGGGUUGACUGCAACCGCGACAAGUCAUGUUCUGAAGGAUGUCCAGAAAAUACUCUGUGUAGAAAAGUGUUUUACUUUCACAGCUUCUUUUAAUCGACCGAAUCUUUAUUAUGAGAUUCGGCAGAAGCCCUCCAACACGGAAGAUUUUAUUGAGGAUAUUGUAAAGCUUAUUAAUGGGAGAUACAAAGGGCAAUCAGGAAUCAUAUAUUGCUUUUCUCAGAAAGAUUCUGAGCAAGUUACAGUUAGUUUACAGAAACUGGGAAUUCAAGCAGGUGCAUACCAUGCCAAUAUGGAACCAGAAGAUAAGACCGAUGUUCAUCGGAGAUGGUCAGCCAAUGAAAUCCAGGUAGUAGUGGCCACAGUUGCAUUUGGUAUGGGAAUUGAUAAACCAGAUGUGAGGUUUGUUAUCCAUCAUUCAAUGAGUAAAUCUAUUGAAAAUUAUUACCAAGAGAGUGGACGUGCAGGUCGAGAUGACUUGAAAGCAGACUGUAUUUUGUAUUAUGGCUUUGGAGAUAUAUUCAGAAUAAGUUCAAUGGUGGUGAUGGAGAACGUGGGACAACAGAAGCUUUAUGAAAUGGUGUCAUACUGUCAAAACAUAAGCAAGUGUCGCCGUGUAUUGAUAGCUCAACAUUUUGAUGAAGUGUGGAAUUCAGAAGCAUGCAACAAAAUGUGUGAUAAUUGUUGUAAAAACAUUUCAUGUGAAAGGAAGAAUGUCACAGCACACUGCAGAGAUCUAAUCAAGAUCCUGAAGCAGGCAGAGGACCUGAAUGAAAAGCUCACUCCACUGAAACUGAUUGAUUCUUGGAUGGGAAAGGGUGCAGCAAAAUUGAGAGUGGCAGGUGUUGUUCCUCCCAAACUUCCUCGUGAAGACCUGGAGAAAAUUAUUGCACACCUUCUUCUACAGCAGUAUCUUAAAGAAGACUACAGUUUUACAGCAUAUGCUACCAUUUCAUAUUUGAAAAUAGGACCUAAAGCUAAUCUUCUGAAUAAUGAGGCACAUGUCAUAACCAUGCAAGUAAAGAAGCCCACAGAGACCUGUUUCAGGAUGGAAUCACCUCAAACUUGUCAUUCUUUUGAAGGAGCUGAUAAAAAAAGGGAAGAAAAAAAUUCAAGUAACUUCCAGAAGUCUGCAAACAUGCUUCAGCAGUCUAAGCAUACAGGGACUAAGAAGAGAAAAAUUGAUGAUGCAUGAAUGUUUCUAAAUUUUCCAAGAAAGCGGUUUAUGCAUGCAUACAACAGUAUUUUGUAGUUAAAAGUUUAAGACAAUUUUAUUAAUAUUUUA